ACCGAACGAGAGAACUAGUUUUUGUUGAGCCUUUCAACAAUGGCGAUUCCUCAGACUAAAAUGGAGCUUCGGCCUUUGGGGAACACAGGGCUUAAGGUCAGCGCCGUGGGUUUUGGCGCCUCUCCGCUCGGUAGUGUCUUCGGUCCUGUCGCCGAAGACGAUGCCGUCGCCACCGUGCGCGAGGCUUUCCGACGCGGCAUCAACUUCUUCGACACCUCACCGUACUAUGGAGCAACACUUUCUGAGAAAAUGCUUGGUAAGGCACUGAAAGCUCUACAAGCCCCUAGAAGUGACUACAUUGUGGCGACCAAAUGUGGAAGAUAUGAAGAAGGUUUUGAUUUCAGUCCUGAGAGAGUAAGAAAGAGCAUCGAUGAGAGCUUGGAGAGGCUUCAGCUUGAUUAUGUUGACAUACUUCAUUGCCAUGACAUUGAGUUCGGGUCUCUUGAUCAGAUUGUGAGUGAAACAAUUCCUGCUCUUCAGAAACUGAAACAGGAGGGGAAGGCCAGGUUCAUUGGUAUCACUGGUCUUCCAUUAAAUAUUUUCACUUAUGUUCUUGAUCGAGUGCCUCCAGGGGCUGUCGAUGUGAUAUUAUCAUACUGUCACUACGGCGUCAAUGAUUCAACGUUGCUGGAUUUACUACCUUACUUGAAGAGUAAAGGUGUGGGUGUGAUAAGUGCUUCUCCAUUGGCAAUGGGUCUUCUCACAGAACAAGGUCCUCCUGAAUGGCACCCUGCUUCCCCUGAGCUCAAGUCUGCAUGCAAAGCCGCAGUUGUUCACUGCAAAUCAAAGGGUAAGAAGAUCACAAAGUUAGCUCUGCAGUACAGUUUAGCAAACAAGGAGAUUUCAUCGGUGUUGGUUGGGAUGAGCUCUGUCCCGCAGGUAGAAGAAAACGUUGCAGCAGUUACAGAGCUUGAAGGUGUGGGAAUGGAUCAAGAAACACUGUCUGAGGUUGAAGCUAUUCUCAAGCCUGUAAAGAAUCUGACAUGGCCAAGUGGAAUCCAUCAGAACUAAAACAGCGUUGUCAUUAUUUUUUACUGUGUAAGUUCGCGUUGAUAUGAUUAAUAAAGUAUCGUAGCAAACAAAAUUAGCCAGAACAUCUUUGAUGGAACCCAUUAUUAUAUAGAUUACGUCA